UUGUCAAUUCAGCGAAAAUCCACUCCUUUAUCAAUGAAAAAUUAAAAUUUCCUCAAAUUUUCGUAGAAGUAGUCAGUCACAAGUAACAAUGAGACCACUUGUUACUCUAAAACCCGAUUACGAGAUCGCUCUUCGCUCGAAAUUGCCGGCUGUAACAUCCAAAAUGCUCCAAAACUACUUUCUGCGUGCAGAAAAUUUCGAAGAUGCCGCUGACGAAGCAUUUGAUGAUCGAAAUGUUGGUUACGUACAAUUACAACGAAAGACCGAAAAAUGUUCCAUUUUCGGCAAAAUUGUCACUUUGGUCGAUGGAAUUCCAGAUUAUUUCCCGCAAGAAGUCCUCGUUGACGAGAAAAAGCAGGAAAUUGAGACUGUUUCGUGUUUCAUGUGCAAGAAAGAUGCCUGUUCUCAUGCGUUGGCGUUCCUUUUCUGGCUCCAUCGUCACAGUCAACCCAUGAAAAUGGCAGAAGAUGCGUGUUAUUGGAUGGAAUCCUUGGUCGAGUACGAAUUAACGCUUUAUAUCGUGCCCGUUAAGCAAAUUUUUCAGCUUCCAGUCGAGAAAUCCGGAGUCACAGGCGAUGUUGAUGCAUUUUUGAAGGACAUUACGCAACUUAUCAAGGACAAAGAUAUCAAAUGUCCCCUUGGACGGUACUUGUGCAAGAAGAAAAAGUACAAUUUCACCUCGAUGCACGAAUUAAUUCUCGAUGCCACACGAAACACGCACAGUUGGGAGCAAUUUUUAAAGGCAGCAAGUGACGCAUUGACUUUAGAUGCCCGCAGAACCAUCCGAGAGAACACAAAAUAUCGCUACAACGACCCGACUUUGUAUCUGGAAAUGCGUUACGGUCGCAUUAGCAGCGCCAAAGUGUUCGAUUGCAUGUCGAAACAGGUCCCUUUUGAGAAAUUAUACGAAAAAAUCAUGGGAUUUCACAAGGAAGAAGACACAAUCGAGCAAAAUCGGAAACGCCGCAUUGAAUUAAACGUCCGCCAACAACUCGAAUUCUUCGCAAAAGUGCAAUACGAGAACCCAGGCCUCUUCCUGGACCCCGAAUUUCCUCUAAUCUGCGUCAUUCCGGAUGGAAUUUGCGAAAAUCACAUCGUUGAAAUUAAAUGCCCGGCAACGGAAGAGGAAAUGUCGCGUUUUAUGUCGGGCGGCGAGCAACUUUCGCCGAAAUAUUACACAGAAAUGCAAGUUCAGAUGUACGUUACGGGCAAAGAAGCGAGCGUUGUGUGCGUUGCCGAUCCCCAAUUCGAGGAAAACAAAAAUAUUUACAUCCAAACAGUCGCUCUGGAUCGUGAAUAUGCGAGAAAUGCCAUGCAAAAAGCCCAAGAAUAUUGGCGAAAUUUUAUUUUUCCUUACGAAUUGACAAAAUGGUGUGUUGAACGCGAUGGAGCAAGCAAAGGAGCCUUACCGCCCUUGGAAAUGUUGAAACAUUUGGAUCCAAAACGCGAGAAAGAUGAUGAAAUUUCCGUUUCGGAGACAGAAAUUACCGAAGUAGUGAUUAAUGGAGUACCGACAGUUGUCGUGGAUGAGAGUUUGAACAAGCCAAAUGGCGUUUCGGGUGACGAAAAAAUGGAAAUUGAUGAGAAUAAGAAGACGAACGAAGAGAUUUUGGUAGAAAAUAAACAAAAAUUGGCAGAAAAUGAUAAAAACUCGAACAAAGAGGAGGAAAGUUUGAAGAAAAAUGAUGAAACAAGUGAAAUUUUGAUGGAAACUGAAGAGAAUUUAAACAAAAAUGAAGAGAAAUUGACAGAAAUUGAUGCAAAUCCAAAGGAAAAUGAUCAAACUGUGACUGAAAUAGAUUAAUGUU